CAAGUUUGUGGUUCUUCGAGCGUCUCCCACCACCAUGGAACAGCUUGAGGUCGUCCGUGAACUGCACGACAACAUGCACAAAUACGAUCUCGACUUUUGGCUGACUCCACACUCGGUUGACCACAAAGCAGACAUCAUGGUCAGAGAAACGGAACGGAGCUGGUUGGAGAACGUCCUAACGAACAACAGCAUUUCACAUAUGGUGACCAUUCCAGACGUUCAGCA